AUGCGUGCGACAUUCUUGUUUGUUGCUCUGGCAGCUGGUGCGGUAAACGCCUACGAGAAGAGCGUUUACAUAAUUGAUUGGACCACUAUCACUGCCACCAAGGCUGUCACGGCGUCCACCGUCACCGAAAUCAUUCCUCCCGCCAACCAGGCUCAGGUGGGGUACGAUACCACCACUUUGUCUGCGGCCGCUAUCGACUGCGAGCGCUUCAAUCUCCCCAAGCAGUCCACGAGUGCGCCCGCUACCUCCAUGCCCACCUCUGCGCCUAUCACCAGUGCCGGAGAGGUCCAAGCCGCCGGCGAGUCCACUUCCUACUGGUCAACUGCAUGGGCUUUUACCAUCGAGCCCGAAUCUACCACAUCCGCUACGUCCACCCCCGCUAUUUCGACUUCUGCCGCCACCACUGCCGUCGCCGCCAACGCCUACCAGCAAGCUGUGCUGUACAAUCACAACAUUCACCGUAGCAACCACUCCGCCCCUCCCGUCGGCUGGUCUGUCGAUCUUGAGACGAGCGCCCGCGCUCUCGCCAGCAAGUGUGUUUACGAACACGACACCUCCAUUAAUGGCGGUGGUUACGGCCAGAACAUCGGCUAUGGUGUCGAGGCAAGCCAGAUCGGUGUCAUGCUCACCAACGUGAUGUACAACGACGAGAUAGAAUACUUCCCCACCCCCUACGGGCAAUCUGACCCCAGCAUGACCAAAUUCGAGAGGUGGGGUCACUUCUCCCAGAUCAUUUGGAAGGGCACCACCCACGUUGGCUGCGCUACCGUGGUGUGCGACGGCCUCGGAAAAAUCGACCCUAUCGGCUCUCUCCCCUUCACUGUCUGCAACUAUUCACCCGCAGGUAACUACGCCGGUGCAUACAGUGAUAAUGUCUUCGCCCCACGGGGUCAUGCCGUGUACGUCGCCUUCUCAGCGUGCUCUUAG